CACGUAUUUUAAUAUUUUUUUCUAUUCGUACGUGACACUCACGUACUUUAUUAUUUUUUUAUUUUUUUCUAUAUAUGCGAUUUUCUAUAUUUAUUCUUCGUACGUAAAAUCUUUUCUUUCUCGUUUCAUAAAAAAAGAUUUUUUAUGCUUAGCAUGAAAAUUCAAUUUGUUAUGAGGAAAGUUUUAGUAGUAGAAACCAGCCUUUUCAACUUCAUUACAAUUUCAGAAAGGCUCGGUUAGGACUGCUUUGCUGAAGGAAGAAGAUGGAGGUCGGACAGAGUUUUUCGAGCUUUGAUCAGUUAAAUGAAGCAAUUUGUAGUCAUGAAAAAGCUAAUUACAUUCAACUUUAUGUCAGGAGUUCUUGUUCUAUAGAGAGUGCAGCUAAAUGUGCAACGAAAAAAAAGUAUAAUACCAACAUAAAAUUCUCUGAUAUUGAUUAUUGGUGUAUUAAUGGUGGCAAGAAAUUUUAACAAGGUAACAAAAAAUGUUAACUGUGUUACAAAUUUAUUAUGACCCUAACAUGCAUGAAUUUACCUUACAGGCAUGUUUUGAACAUUUACCGCAACAACGCUGUAUAACCGAUGUAGAUACGUCAGCUGAAAUAACAAAAAUGCUUCAGUUGAAAGCAAGCAAGAAACUUAUACAAAAUCAAGUUUCUAAAGUAGCAGGGAAAAACGUUUUGCUGAAAGAUCUUCACAAUAUCCAGGCCAAAAUGGCAGGUAGAAGUAAAAAUGACGUCGAGAGUCUUAUCAGGGAAAUGGGAAGUGUGCCUGGAGCCACUGUUGAAGUUAUUGUUGACAGCGAAGAUACCCAGACCUGCUUAUGUUAGACGCAACCUACAAAUUAAAUGAUUUGCGAAUGCCAGUAUGUUUGUUAAUAUGUGUAGAUGCAGAUGGAGAAAGCGAGAUUUUGGGUGUUUGGAUAGUAAUGAAUGAGGAGAAAUCGACAAUUGUCCGCAUGAGUGAAUGUUUCAAGAAACACAAUCCUAACCAUAAUCAGAUAGAAGUAUUGGUCAUUUAUAAAGACAUGAUGGAAAGAGAUACCUUGAAAGAACAGUUUCCUCGUGCAUCUAUACAGUUAUGCUUGUUUUACACAAUGAGAGCUUUCAAAUGUGAGAUCACGACAAUAAAGAUGGGCAGCCAUAAAAUCAGAUAAACAUGAAAAAGAUUGUUAAGAAUGCUCUUUUGUAAAUAUAUACAUUCUGUGAA